ACUCAGUGUGUGCAGUGUUGUGUUGGAUUUAAAAAGGUCGUGAAAAUGCAUUUCUCAAGAAGCUCAUCAAAAAAGAUGUCCGUCCUCCUCCUCUUGGCGAUGUGUGCGACGGUAUCAGCCCAGAACGGCUACCUGCCGCCCAAAGACAACGGGUACCACUAUGACAGACCACAGACGCCUUUUAUCACAGAGAACACGAUUAGGACAACCCAGCAACCACCAAUUCGCCAGACCACACAGAGAGAGUACCUGCCCCCGCAACCGACCAGGCAACCCGCACAGGAGCACCACGACCACCACGAGCACGAGCAUCAUCACGAGCCAGGCAUGCCAUUCGACUUCGCGUACGCUGUCAACGAAGACGGGAAUGACUACAGCCAUAACGCGAAGAGCGACGGUGACGUCACGCGAGGAGAGUACAGAAUAGCGCUGCCUGACGGUCGCACACAGAUCGUGAAAUAUACUGCUGAUUGGAAGAACGGAUUUAACGCUGAGGUGACCUACGAAGGUGAGGCCAAAUACCCUGACCAGGCCUCCAUCGGCGCGGGACGUGGAUCCGCUACCGCAGGCCAGGGCUACCUUCCCCCCAACCAAGGAGGCUACCAGUACUAAGCGUACGCCAUCUAGCGGAUAAGAGAUAGUACCAUUUGUUGUCAAUAGAUGUCGCUUUUUGUACGUUGUAAAAAAUACUUUUAGAUUUAUUUAUUUAAUUAAUUAGUAUCAUGAGAUUGGUAUCGCUUUUUAUUGUGUACAUUAUUAAUUGUAAGAAUUUUGUGUUUUAGUUACCAGAUUAUCGUUCAUGUUAAUACUUUAAGAUUUUUUUGUACCUUUUUAUAAGCAAAUAAAUCCAUAGAUAAGCUGAUAUUUUACAACUUAAUUC